UCCAGUUGUUGGUGUCUAAAUUUCGGCUCUUCCAGCAGUUUCAUUCCAGCAGACGCUGACUGAAUUUUAGUUACAUUAAAUCCCUCUCUCUCUCUCUUUUGCUUUUUCUUUCUUUCAUAUUCUUUCAUUCCCAGUUCUGCUCUCUCUCUCUCCCCGACCGGCAGUUGAGGAAUUUCUCUUUUUUGGCUGCUAAUUUCUUUGCCAUUCUUUUUUCGCCGCUUUUUUGAACUGAAGCUCAAUCCAAAACAUAUACCUGUGUGACUCUGAGUAUAUAGGUAUAUACAGAGAUAUCUCUUUAGACCAUAUAUAGAGAACACCUUUGAGACAACUGAGAUUACGGAAGCCCGAGCAGGCUAGCUGAGAGGAUCACUGCCAUCGCCAGGAUAGAACCUAGACUAUAUAGUAGAUCACACUUACCUUUGCUCGCCACUUCUGCUGGCACGCCGCGUCACUUACUAAAGCAGCAUAGUACCAAUUGAAUAUAUUGUCACUUUCUGCUGAUAUUUUGGCUGCUUUAUUGCUCCUUUUUAAAAAAGGUGUCUCAAUAUAAGUCAUCUCUUUACCCUGAAAACAUACAAGGCAAAUCAGCUUUUCCUUUAAAAUUCCAAAUUUUUGGAAGUUUCAUGUAUUUUUUCAACCUCAUCUUUUUAACAUUUGUGUCAUUUUUAUUUUGAAAAUUUGAGUUUUUGUUGUCAUUCAAUUUAAUCAGUUGAUUGCUAGCUUGUUGAACUUUGAAACCGCACAAGUUAGCCGCAAGCGAAAUAACAACUCCGAGUUAUUACAAAUUUAUAAAUCCUAUAAUCAUUAAUAUAAUAACUUACCAUCGCUAAAAUAUUGAUAACAGACUUUAGUUGAAUAAAGGACAUUUAGUUUCCACAAUAGUUAACAAGAUAUUCAUUCAUCUUGUUGAUUUUUUCAUUUCCGAAGUUAAAAAGUUAAAUCUCACAAAGCCCGAAAGGCGCCUUACUUUAUUCCGGUGCAAUAUUUGUUCACAGCAAACUAGAUCCAACUUUUUCCUCCGCCUGAAAGGAACGUCUUCCCAACUUAAUUGCGAAAUUUAUCUUCGAAUACCUGCGCGAAUAUUCAUCACUUUUCCGUAUUUUUGUUCAUCGGGGGCUUUUAUCCCCUAUCGCUCAGGCAACUUUUCUUCUCUGCUCAAAUUGUGAAAUCUUAAUCCGACCACUUUUCAGUCUUGUUCAACAGUUUUUACUUGAGAGGUUCUUUUGUUCAACCUCUGAACCAACACUUUUCAGUUGACCGACUUUCCUCCCUGAAGAAGGCGCACAGUUCCCAACCCCCAAGAUUUGAAUCAUACCCAUUGAUUAAAGGAACUGAUAAUUAUCUUGAAUUAUCCUAAACAGAUACUAAUUAGCAUACUCAUUCAAAGAAAUUCACUCCUCAUUUUAUAAAUGAACUGUGCAAAUAAAUGCACUUAGAAAGUUUCAGUAAAAAACUUAAAGAUUGAAUUUUAAAACUUAACCAUAUAUUUAGUUAGGUUUAUUUACUUCGAUUAUUUUGUUUAUUUUCUGUUAUUUGCCACUUAUGUUCACUUAUAAAUCCUCAGUUACUGCUGGCUUUUCUUUAACAAACUGUCUUGUUUAAUUUGGAAAUUUCAGUAUUAUUUUAAUUUAAUUUUCGACAUUUAUAAAUUUCCGCAAUUUUCAUUUAGUUAUUAUUUCCUUAGUUAAAAAUUCAGUUUCAAUAAACAUUAAAAUGACGGAUCCCAACAUCUACCUGGCGUCUCUCAACACUGCCAACCUCUUUCUCAUGUCGGGACUCCUCGACAACCCGAACCCCUCUGCCCCCUCCCCCGCUCUGGGGGGAUCGACUGGGGGACCUCUGGCGGAAACAGUUUCUCCCUCUCAGAAGCCCUCAAGAUGCCGAAUGGAGGCACGAAGACUAGUCCACUGGGUUCGGACUUCGCAGGAGCCCUGUCCAACUUCGGCUCGGGACUGGGACCGAGAGUGAUGACUCCAAACAAGCCGGAUUUGAACCAGAAUUUAGGUCUCUCGCUGAACAGCUGCUCUUUCGCCAACACAAUGUCUGUUGACCCUAUCAGCAACAACUGCAGCAACCCCCUUCUAGGCAUGAACAACAACCACCACCACCUCAGUCUCUACUCGAUGGGGUUAGGGUCCAAGGAGAGCAGCAACUCCACUUCAGAUUUCCACUUCUCCUCUCCCCCCAAUCUCCACCACAAUCUGAAUGGCAGCUCACUCGACCUCUCAUCUGCUCUCAACCACAAUCACGACUCAUCAGGUCUGUCGAACGGGUCGGGGGGAAAUGGGAGCUGCAUGGAUUUGAGCAAUGGAGGAGUGUUGCCCCAGCCCCUGCCCAACGAGAGCAGCACCAAUCUGAUCACAAACUACCUGCCCCCCUCAAUGAAGCAGGAAGAAGUGAGGGUCCUUUUCUCUGCUAUCGGAGAGGUCGAGAGUUGCAAGCUCGUAAGGGACAAAAUUACAGGUCAGAGUCUGUGCUAUGCCUUCAUCAACUUCAAAGAUGCGCGUGAUGCAUCGAUUGCAGUGGACAGACUCAACGGCAUCGUAGUCGGCAACAAAAAGAUCAAGGUUUCGUUUGCGCGUCCGAGCAGUCCCUCAAUCAAGGAUGCAAAUCUGUACAUCAGUGGGAUCCCAAAAGAGGCCAGUGCUGGGGAGCUGGAGGAGCUGUUCUCUGAAGUGGGAACCAUCAUCACAUCCCGCAUCCUGACAGACCCCACCACAGGUCAAUCACGUGGCGUAGGAUUCAUUCGCUUCGACCACAGACGAGACGCCGAGCGGGCUAUUCAGCGCUUCGACGGCUACCAGUUCGUGCCCCGCAACGGGUCCCUCGGCUCACCAGGAGGCACAAUCGAGAAAUUGACGGUCAAGUUCGCCAACACCCCCAGUCACCACUCUCAGAAGGCUCUUCAGCAGGCGUAUCUAACUGCGAGCCAGAGACGACUGGCGGCCAGUCCACUGGCAUUCGCUACAGCAGCCGGCCCAUCGCUACACCCGUCAAUCAAAUCUCUCAGAUUUUCCCCUCUCGGCACCUCACCCUCACUCGGCACUGGAAACGAACUCUCCUCGGCUCUCGCAGGCAUCCCAGCUCUCAACGCCUUCUCGGCACCCGGUUCGAACCCGAGCACCCCCUCUAACCCAUUCUCUACCGGGGCUGCCUCCUGUCUGGGCACAUCUGGUCCCGGCUAUUGUUUGUUUGUCUACAACUUGGCCAGUGAUUGCGAGGACAAAGAAAUCUGGCAGCUUUUCGGACCCCUUGGAGCAGUGAAGAGUGUAAAACUUGUGUAUGACGAAAACAAAAAGUGUAAAGGGUUUGGUUUUGUCACAAUGGCUCAUUACGACGAAAGUCUGCAUGCCAUAAACACACUGAACGGAGCACCUUACAACAAUCGCAUCCUACAAGUGUCUUUCAAAAGCUCGGUUCCGACUUCAGCUGUUCCCAAACGAAAUUGAUGAAAAACACUAUUUUUUAAACUAAGGAAAAAGGAAACCAACUUUUGUAGAUAAAAAAGCUUUUGUGUUCACCAAACAAUUUAAAAAUCAAGUGAAACUCCGUUCAAAUAUAAUUUUAUUGUUUUGAUUAUUUGUUUCAAUUUCAGUCAAAGUUUAACAAUUCUUUGUUGUCAAUUUCAUUUAUCUGUUUAGAAAUCUGAUUAAUAAUUUAGUUCCCAUGUUCAGUUUUGUCAAAAUUCAAAAUGAAAAUUUUUGUAAAAUUCAUUGAUUAGCGUUAAUUAUAAUUUCAGCGAUGAUUUGUUUAAUUAUUUAGUGUGGCCUAUGCCUAAUACAUGGAGCUAAUGUUAGGUUUGAGUUCAUUUUGCGGUUUGUAGCUCAGGUGCUAUUCGUGGCGUUAUAUAUUUGCAAUGCAACUUCAUAAUCCCAAUUUGUUAGUUCUUACUAAAAUUCAAAAUAUUUAACCUUU